AUGAAGGUUAAGUUUGCGGUGCUAGGAGACGCAUUUGUGGACGUAGUGGCCGGUACAUUGGUGCAUGAAAGACUGCCGCAAUGGGGAACUGGCGUCGAGUGUACUCAACCUAUCCAACUACAACCGGGAGGCUCGGCGCUUAACACGGCCACACAUUUGGCCAAUCUCAGCAAUCGCAACCCCACGCACGAGCUGCAUGUGACACUGCAUACGGCCAUAGGUAGUGACUCGUUUGCGGAAAUGCUUAAGGCUCAUUUAGCGGAGCACAAAGUAGUGCUGAGCUCUCCAAAACUGGAAAAUGCUUCUACGGGCGUUUGCAUUGUACUUAGUGGAGCGAAUGACCGUAGCUUCAUUACACACUACGGAGCUGUUCGCAACUUCUGUGUCGAGGAUAUUAACGAAGAAAUGGUGCUCUCUGCAGACCACGUGCAUAUUGGAGGAUUUUACAGCUGUGUCAGUCUCCGAAAGAAGUUGAAACCUUUACUAGAGAAAGCAAGAAAAAACGGUAUUACCACAUCGCUGGACACAAACUAUGACUCAUUGAAGAAGUGGGAUGAUCUCGAGGAGCUGUAUCCACUGAUUGACGUGCUCUUGCCAAACGAAGUGGAGGCUAUGAAGAUCUCGCACACUGAGUCAGUGGAAGCGGCAAUGGCUUACUUUGCAAAACAUGUCAAUGGACUGACCAUCAUCAAGGUUGGUGCUAGUGGUGCCGUGGCGUAUUGCUCCAAGACUCAGCAGUACUGGUCACAAACGAGUUUUCCGACGGCCGUCGUGGAUGUUACAGGUGCAGGAGAUUCAUUCAACUCUGGAUUUCUGUCAGCGUGGAAGACAAAUGGUGGAGAUGUGGGCGAUGCACUGCGGUGGGGUUGUGGAACGUCUUCGCUAACAGUGGCUAACUUGGGAGCUUGCUCUUUUCCACUCACUCACGAAGACGUGCUGGAUGUAGUUGUAGCCAGUUAG